AUGCUCGGCUUCAUCGACAAGAAACCGUACAGCGGAGUGCUCGCCUACCUGCUAAUUGUCAUAUUUGCCGUGUUCCUCGCUGUGCUACUGUAUUGGGGUGGACAAUGCUACCGUAUUCCACGGGGUCUCCGCGCUGAUUACCGUACUACCGUUGCUGCUACACGUGGCUACGCUGGCGAUUGGGCUAAUGUCAUCCAGUCGCGCUUCUUACUCGCCGUCAUCUACCAACCCAUCACCAUCAAGGACAUCAAGAACUUUAUGCUCGAUUGGCCGACGAUGCCGGCCUACGUGGAGCUGUUCAGCGUGUUGUUCCCCGGGUUUCUCGUCAUCCUCUGCAUGGCCUUUUUCGUGCCCUACCGUAGCCCGCUGAAGGCGUUGAGGGGGCUGCUUUGCGGGAGAUAUCUACGGGGUCAUAGGCACUACCCGGUCCAAAACGCGCGCGUGGCCAGCGGCGACAUCGUGCCGAUCGUCGUCAAGGAGGUCAUGCCGGACAAGAGCAGUCUCUCCUCAUCCUCAUCUACCACAAUUACUACCCUAAAA